CUGGCAACAUGCUGCGCUUCCUUGUGCUCACCACCCUGGUCCUUUAUGGACACAGCACCCAGGACAUUCCAGAAACAAAUGCUCGAGUAGUUGGAGGGACUGAGGCCCAGAAGAAUUCCUGGCCCUCUCAGAUUUCCCUCCAGUACUCGUCUCUAAAUUCCUGGCAUCACACCUGUGGAGGGACCCUCAUCAAACAGAACUGGGUGUUGACAGCUGCUCACUGUGUAGACAGUUCCAGGACCUACCGUGUGGUUGUCGGAGAACACAACCUGAAGCAGACCGAUGGCUCCGAGCAGUACGUGAAUGUGCAGAAGAUUGUGGUACACUCCAAGUGGAACAGAAAUAACGUGGCUGCUGGCUACGACAUCGCCCUGCUGCGCCUGGCCAAGUCAGUUACCCUCAACAGCUCUGUGAAGCUCGGUGUUCUGCCUCAGGAGGGAGUCAUCCUGGCUAACGACACUCCCUGCUACAUAACAGGCUGGGGCCUGACCAAGACCAAUGGUCAGGUGUCCAACACCCUGCAGCAGGCUUACCUGCCCAGCGUGAGCUACGCCAUCUGCUCCAGUUCUUCCUACUGGGGCUCCACUGUGAAGAACACUAUGGUGUGUGCCGGCGGAGACGGAGUUCGCUCUGGAUGCCAGGGUGAUUCUGGGGGCCCCCUCAACUGCUUGGUGAAUGGUCAGUAUGCUGUCCAUGGAGUGACCAGCUUUGUGUCCAGCCUGGGUUGCAAUGUUGCCAAGAAGCCCACAGUCUUCACUCGUGUCUCUGCUUAUAUUUCUUGGAUAAAUAAUGUCAUUGCCUCCAACUGAACAUUUUCCUGGGUCCAGUGGCCUUUCCAAGAUGGCUUUUAGAUCUGCAUGCAAUAGGACUUGAGUCAACAAGAAAAAAAAUAGAGCUGAGUUUAGAGCUCAGUGGUAGAGUGCUACUGUAGG